AUGUUGUCGUCGUCGUUCCGCCUCUUCCAACGAACCUUUCGGACGCCGUCCUUGCCAAAAUGCCAGCGCGCCUCAUUCUUCUGGAGGGCUAACAAGUCCAGUGUGCCGACCAUCUACAAGCCUCGGAAAGAACCAUGGAUUACACCAACUAUGGUUGUCGUGGGCAUUGUCCCGUUUUUCACCUUCGCCUUGGGGACUUGGCAGCUCAAACGGCUCAAGUGGAAAAUCAAUCUCAUUGACGAGCUUGAGGAGAAGCUACAGCUACAACCCCUGGCGCUGCCUCCCAAAAUCAACCUAUCCGUCAUCCCAGAAUUCGUUUUCCGAAAGGUCCUGCUGAAGGGCAAAUGGGACCACGAGCAUACGAUGCUGCUCUCCCCUCGAGUCCGUGAAGGGGUUCAUGGAGUACAUGUGGUUACCCCGCUAGUUCGCGAAAACGGCACGACCAUAUUGGUCGACCGCGGCUUCGUGUCCAACGAGCAAUUGGCAUCUGCGCCUCUCAAUCAGGAGAAGGGGGAGGUUGAGGUCCUUGGGAUGAUACGCACGUCACAACCCAGAAACCGGUUCACUCCAGAUAACGAACCCGACAACGGAAAGUGGUACUGGACGGAUGUGGAGGCCAUGUCUGAACAUGCAGGAGGAGAAAAAGCAGGCGUGCAACCUGUCUUCAUUGAGCAGAUUUUUGAGGGACAUGCUGGUGAGGCUACUUCGAGGCUGGAGAAGGGGCUGCCCAUUGGACGACCGCCGACUGUCGACUUGCGCAAUGCCCAUUUGUCCUAUGUGAUUACAUGGUACUCGCUUUCUGCGCUAACCGCCGUGAUGUUCGCUCGCCUCUUGAUCAGACGGAAACAAAACCCUGGCAAGAAACUACCACGCUUCAAAUGAGAGGGCGGGCUAUACAGUACAUACUGGUAUUCAUUCGUAAUUACAUCUAGACCCUUUAGAGUAGACCGACAGGACACUGCUAUCGUAGUAUGAGUA